AUGGAUCGCCAAUUCGCGGACGGCCACACUCCAUACGUGCACGACCGCUGUCGAACCAUGGCGAGUCUGAUGUCGUCCGCUUCCAGCAGCUACGCCGACUCGGACGUGACCUCGACAUAUACGGGGAUGGACUCGACCUCGUCGGUUUCCACGGCGCCCCACGAUCCCAACGGUGACAAUCUCAUCUAUCCCUGCUACAUGCGUGAGUACCUGGGGUGCGAGGAAGGCUUCCCCUCGGGGCAGGAAGAGGCAUGGUUCGAGCAUGUGUGCGACCACAUGAACCAUCUCUUCCCCGUGAAGACGGGUUGCAUCUUCUGCGACGCGACCUUUCCCGCAUCGUCAAUGACCCCGGAGGAUCGAAAGGAGGCGUUCCACCGGCGCAUGAUGCACAUUGCACGACACUUUCGACGCUGGCUCGAGGAGCAGCUCGAUACCUGGAACCUGGACAGACUCAUGCUGAAUCAUCUCCUACAUCAUCAGAUCGUCGGUCAGUGGGUCGCGGACAUGGCUGAGUUCGUCGAUACACCAGAGCCGGCAGAGGAGCCACUCGAGUCCGGACCUGUGGUGAGGCAGGGGGCGGCGAGUGCCUGGAGAGCGAGAGGACUCGAAGAUCCCGAGAUCACGCAGACAUGCGAGUUUGCGCGUGGCCCCCAUUCGCGCAGGAAAAGACGCUCGAAACAAGGUUCUGCUCAGGAAUACUUCGUGUGA